AUGGAUUUGUCAGAGUUGUGUGAAGUCGUGCACGAACUGGAAGAGAAACACCAGACAGACUCGUUUGAGAAAAAAGUUCGUGCACUCGAGACGGCUUCCCCGGUGCUGGAAGAGCAAAAGUCCCUAUCUGAACCGCCACACGCCUCUCCAGCGGGCGCCCUUAACACAGAUCGGCUUCUUGCUGAGGGUGACGCUUUAGAGAGCGUGCUAGAGUCCGUGACGCUCUCGUUGCAAUCUAUCGAUGACCUGAUGUUACGAUUAGAAACUGAACUGUCGUCUGUGAACGGAAUCAUUGAAUCUCUGAGCGCGGAAACAAAAGAAGCACAGGGCGUCGCUAGAUUGUCACUGGAAGAGCAACAAGAACAACAUUCCGAACACUAG